AUGACAAAAUGCGGUGUCAAGGUCGUGAGGGUCGUGCUUGAAGAAGUCGAGCUUCGAGAGGUGGUGCUCGUGGAUGAUGUCGACGUAGAAGUUGUGCUUGUGGAGGAGGUGCUGCUGGAGCUGGUGGAUGUAGUCGUGGAUGAAGUGGACGUGGAGCUGCUGGACGACGAUGAGGUGGAAGUGGUAGUCGUAGUUGAUGAGGAGGUGGAUGUGCUAGUUGUGCUGGAGGCUGUAGAGCUUGUACUUGUAAAUGAACUUGAUGACGAGCUGCUGGAUGAUGAUGUGGUGGAGCUGCUCGUUGUACUCGUGGAAGAAGUAGAUGUGCUCGAUGUGCUGGUGGAUGAGGUGGAUGUAGAAGUUGUGCUCGAAGAGGUGGUGCUGCUGGAGCUGCUCGUUGUACUUGUGGAAGAACUGGAUGUACUCGUUGUACUGCUGGAUGUGGUGCUGCUGGAUGAAGUUGAUGUGGAAGUGGCGCUAGUUGAAGAUGUGCUGGUUGAGCUACUGCUCGUGCUCGUGGAAGAUGUGGAUGUCGCUGUUGUGCUGCUGGAAGACGUGCUUGUAGAUGUGGUGCUGGUGGAUGAGGUGGAUGUAGAAGUUGAACUUGUAGAGGUGGUGCUGCUGGAGCUGCUCGUUGUACUUGUGGAAGAA